AUGCAGGGCUACGCGUCGCCCUCUCCGGCGGCCUCUAAUCCUGCAGGUGGUCCUCCGCUCCCCGAGGGUUGGAUAUCUCAGUGGAACGAGCAGUACCGAGCCUGGUUCUUCGUCAACACUCAGACUGGAGUAUCACAAUGGGAGCCUCCUGCAGGUGCGCGACCUCCUGCGCACCCGCCUCAACCCGGCGCAGGCGCACCUCCUGCCCAAGGCCAUAAUACUGGAACGAACCCGUUCCGUCCCAAUCCGACAGCACAUCAAACGCAGGAUGAGGCGCUAGCAGCCAAGUUACAGGCAGAGGAGAAUGCGCGACACGGCCAGCCGUCGCAUUCUCCAGCGCCGCCGCAAUCCCAUGGCGCCAUCCCACCCGCCGCGGCAGGGAGUGACGCUGAGCUGGCUGCUAAGCUUCAGGCCGAGGAAGAGGCCCGCGCGCGAGGCCAUUCCUCCCAGCAUGGCUAUCCUCCCUAUGGGCCAGGGCAAGCAGGCGGGCCGCCGCCGUUCGGGCAGCAGCCAUCGUACUCUGGUGCACCACCUGGCGGGCCGGGUGGCCCAUACCCUCCUCAGCAAGCGUACGGCGGCGGUCUGCAGCCUCCGGCAUCAUAUGGUCAGUCGCCAAGCCCGGGCCCGCACCCAGACCAGCCCUACGGACAGAGUCCCGGACCAUACCCCCCACACGGCCAGUCGCAUCAGCAACAGCACUAUGGACAGCAAUCCCAGUACGGCCACGAGGCUUCCGGGAGCGGAUCAAAGGGCAGUGGUGGCCUCCUAGGGAAGCUUACCAGCAAGGCCAAGAGCAAGCUGGCCGCUGCUGGGCUGGGAGGUGCCGCAGCCGGCGCCGGGCACGGAAUGUCCCAGCAUGGAUCGCACCAUAACCAGCACGGUAAUGCUGGGUAUCCUGGACAAUACCAGCAGUCACAUGGUCAGUACCCCCAGCAAGGACACUAUCCUCAUCAUGGUGGAUUUGCGCCGCCCGGCAUGCUGCACAAGAAGAAGAAGAACAAGUUGGGGAUGCCAUUGGGCGCCGCAGCCGGCGGUAUGGGUGUAGGCAUGCUUGGCGGUGCCCUCCUGAGCGGUGGCAUGGGCGGUGGCCAUGGCGGAGGCUACUACGGCGACGAGCAGCAGGGUGAAUAUGGCGGCGAUGCGGGCUCCAUUUCCAGUUCGGACCCUGGAGGCAGCGACUACUCGGGCGGUGGUGAUGAUGAUUUUGGUGGGGGCGAUGACUUUGGAGAGUAG